AGUACAAUUCUACGGUUCAAGAGAAGCAAGGAGGGUUGACAAUGGCCGUGCACGGUUGUGCUGACAGACGCUUUGUCAACAUUUGUGAAUCGACCAAAGCGUUAAUAGAUCAUGACCAUACAGAAUAUAUCUCCACGUACUUUGAGAGGUCAUCACUGAGACUGUUAAAACAACAUGGCAUCAUCUUCAUCAAAGGGAGAUCUGGUUCUGGUAAGUCGAGACUGGGACUGAGACUCCUGUCAGUGGUAGCCAAGGACGAAGGACGAACUCCACUGAUAAUAACAUCAGCCCAAGAAUGGAAGCUAAUACCACAAAGAAGGGGACAACUUAAAUGCAAAUAUAUUAUAAUGGUCGACAACAUUUUUGGUUCGAGCAACUUUGUUGAAUCGACUGCAGACGAAUGGUCAAGAUUAUUCAAUGUAAUAUGGCCCUCUGUAGAAGCUGGUCGUGUUUACCUGAUCAUAACAUCGAGACCAGAAAUCAGUGCUCAGUGUGAGAGACAACUGCAGAGUAAUCGCUUAAUGAAGAAUAUCACCAAUGUGACAAUUGAUGACGGACAGUAUUCUCUUCGACCAAAUGAAAAAAUGAGGAUGUUGAAGAUCAUGUGUCAAAUCAAAACCAAGUUCACGAAGAAAAAAAUGGAACUGGUGGCUCGUUCAGGGUCAAGUAUUGGCUUUCCUCAGUGUUGUAAAUAUUUUGCUGGGAGCAAGCAGGCACAGAGUAAAGGAGUUCAGUUCUUCCUGAAGCCACAUGAUUACAUCUUGGAGGAGGUAGACAGGUUACAGGAGAGUGAUGGGCUUGGUUACUGUGUUCUGUUGCUGGUGCUGCUAAGAGGAGGAUGUCUACAAACACAUGAUCUCCUCACACGGCAUGGUACAGAGGAAUUCCAAGAAUCCCUGCAGAUUGUGAAGGAGAUCUGUUCCGGUUUACCUUCUUAUCACAGUUUGGCCAACAUCAGACACAAAGCUGAAUCCUUCUGUGGUAUAUAUUUGGAACACAGUGAAAACGGAUUUGUGUUUCAACAUCAAUCCAUCUUUGAUUCUGUCUUCAUCAGUCUGUCUAAGAAGUAUCCAGACAUUUGUAUCAGAGCGUGCUCUGUGUCAGUGCUUGUCGAACUUGUCAAAACAAAACAAAAUGAAGGCGACAAUGAUUUGGCGAUACAUCUAAAGGAAGAAAACUAUGGAAUGCUAGCUGAUCGAAUUACAGAUAUACUACUAACACCUGGAGUAUCAAGACAGAUCGUCGACCACCCUUCUCUUAAAGAUGAAGUAUUCAUUCAGCAUUUGAUCCAUAAGUGGAUAAAUGAGAACAACAUUAUCAGCAUUUUCAAACAGAAAUUAAACAAUAAGAUCAUCUGUAUAUCAGCCAUACAACAUGGAGCACAUAAGCGACAUAAUCACCACACUCCUGAAUACUGGGUGCAAUGUUGA